CCAGUUUGCCUAUCUGUCUGUCUUCCUAUUUACUGACGACCUCCCACUAAGCAGGCAGGAACGAGCCCCCUACCUACCUCCCUGUCUCCCUGCCUGUCGAGAUAUGGCUGCCUGCCUGCCUCGCUAUAUGUACGAAUGCCUCGCUUGGCUAGAUCAACUGGCCUGGCUGCUGCCUGGCCUGGGCUGCAGUGAGAGAAUCUUCGGCCAGUGGAUGGGUCUGGGGGGCGUGUUGGCCAGGUGGGGCGGCUGCAGGAUCUGAGGGGCGGCGGGGCGACCGCGGGGUCGGCCGGGAUGGACACCGACGCUGUUAGCCUUGGGACGGGGCAGCACAGUGGGUCCCAGAGGCACACCAUCGACAGUAGUGGGCGUCCUGCUGUCGCCAGAGAGGUAGAUAAUGGCGCCAGCCUCUUGGUCAACACCACCGCCGUAACCAUAACCAUAACCAGUAGCAGCAUUAGCAACAUUAGCACCACCAAUAGCAUUAGGGCGACCACCACCAGUAGUGUUGAAGCAUGCGGCGCCAGGGGAGGCGGGGUUUGGGUAUCGGUGCUGCCUCGUGUGUGCGGUGUGUGUCAUGGUGUGCGGAUAGUGCUGGUGCGUCCUUACCCCCGCGCCGUACCCCGGCCCGCCAGGGCCCAUGCCGCCGUACCCGCCGCCGCCACCCAUUCCCAUACCGGGCUGAAUGAACCAAUCAAGCAAAGGAUCAAACAAACACAAGAUCGUGGAUAUGAGUGUGCGUGUGUGGGGGGGGGGGCGCCGUUCUCACUCUGAAUCCCCUCGGCUGCUGUGCGUGGACCAUCUCGGCCUUGGUCGACGGGAACAACUCGAUGUAGCGCGAGCCUACAUGUGCACACGGAGCGAUGCGAGAAGGCCCAAUCACUCACACACACGGUGUGGAUGUGAGUGAGUAUGUUCGUGUAUGUGAGUUUGUGUUGUUACCCAUAGUCUGCUUGUUGAGCUCCAUGCGCGCUUGCUCAGCGGUCGACUGACGCAGGCAGACACGCACAGACAGAAGGCCAGAGGCAUGUUGCUGUUGUGUAGCUACUGCCAUCUAUAGAUCCAUGCCAUGCGAUGCGCACCUCCGAGUCGAAUUGGACCCAAGCUUCGCCCGAGGGCCGUCCGUCGAGGGUGGUGCCGAUCACCACAUCCUCGGCCUUAACGUUGAAACCUACAUGACCCCGCACCACACACACACCCCAGACAUCGACACACAGAUCUAUACACACGUAUGGAAUGUGCCAUCGAUGGCUGUGUGUGUAGUCAUUGUGUGUAGCAGGGGACAGGUUAAGACAGACAGUAUGGUGGAUACAUCGCAUCUGCCUUAGUUAAUCCCUGCCUGUGUCUGUCUGCCGAGUGCGACAGAUUGCCAACAGCACACGACAGCUGAUGCACUAUCCAUACCCGGCUCGACCGCCCCUCACUCACUCACUCACUCACUACGAUGCCUGGCCUGGCAGCCUGAGGGAGUGCGCCCCGGGUGUGUCUGUCUGACUUACGCUGGAAGAACUGGAUGAUGUCGAGAUACGUUGCAGACCACGGCAGACCCCUCAUGCGCAACACGCCCUAUACACACAAGAAACGACACCGCCACACACCAACAUACACACAUUGCCUCCUCCCUCCCUCCCUCCCUCCCUCCCUCCAUGUGUGUGUAACGUACGUACCACGGCUCCCCCGUGUGGUCCCCCCGGGUGGUCGUGUGGCCCGGGCGGUCCGCCCAUGCCGUAGCCGCCCAUGUCGCCACGCGUCUGCUUGACGUACCUGUCGUACUCGGUCGCCGUGCUGCGGAAGAUCUCGAUGUAACGGGUCCCCAGGUGGUGACGGUUCUUGCUCAACGCCUGGUCAGCCUGCACAGCACACAACACAGCACCCAGCCAGCCAGCCAGCCCGCACAGCCAACAUGACACGGAAUCGAUUUGUUAUGUGUUGUGUGUGUUGGCGAGCGUGUGUGUCUCCUGACCUCUGCGUCGGUGUUGAAGCGCACGAAUGCCUCGCCAGUGGCACGACCCUGAUGAGAGCAAGCAGGCAAGCAGUGAGAGGGGGGGGAGGGGAGUCACCACGUGUGGUGUGUGCGAUGGCUUCCUUACGUCAGGUCCCUGGACGAUAGUGACGUCCUGGUUCUGGCACUGCAGGGGCAGCAUGAACGACACGAUGUCCUGCUCGGAGGCACUGUACGGCAAACCACGAAGACGCACCUGAUACGCAGAAACACAGCACACACACAGCGCACGACUAUCCACCCCUUCCUCCAUCUCCCUGUGUGUGCCUCUGUCUCGUGUGUCUUACAAAUGCGCCAUUGGAUGGCAUGGAGCCAUUCGCAGGCUGGUCCAUGGUGAGUGCCCCUCCUCUCUCACAAACGCGAGACCACAACCACCUGCACACAGCAAAGAAACAAGCACGACAACGGUCAGGUCAGCGAGUGCUUGUCACGUGACGGGCAGGCAUCAAUCCGGCGCGCCACCCCUGCGCUCCUGUCCUCCCUCUCUGUCAAUGACACAACGGGCGGAGCUGCCCGCCCGCGAGUAGGGGGCGUGCAGCGGGGGACAGGCAGGCAGGCAGCUCUCCACCGCGAGGCAUCCCUGAGCUGUCUGCCUUCCCCUCUCUGCAUGUGCUGCCUCGCUCUCUGCGGGGAUCUGUGGCUGCGGUCUGCCUGCCUGCUCCUGAUCUUGGCUCUUCUCGUGUUGGCUCACCUUCGCUGACGGGUCUUCAGGCUUCUUCCUCAGGAUUUUUUCGGUCACGCGAGCUAAGCUUGCAAACAUUCUGUUUGAUGCAGGAUGCAGGAUUGGAGCCCUAAGGUGUGGGUUCCCCCGAAAAGAGGCGUGCACGUGCAGCAGCGUCUAGAUCUCAUCGAAACGCU